AUGGCCGAUUCGAUACCCUUAGAGGCACCAGUAGCAAGUGCUGAUACCCAGCUUGUCGAGUACACAUUGGCCGAAGUGGCACAGCACAACCGUAAGGGCGACAUUUGGGUUGCCAUCCAUGGGCAAGUCUUUGAUAUUACGGAAUAUCUGCAAGAUCAUCCCGGCGGUGCAGAUGUUCUCAUUGAGACCGCAGGCACCGACGCCACUGCGGCCUUUGAGGAUGUGGGUCAUUCCGAAGACUCGCGCGAGAUCCUGCAGGAGUAUUUGAUCGGGACGCUCAAGGGAGCGAAAGAAUACGUCCCGACACAGACAGUCCGUGUGAUUGCCCAAAGGACAGAGAAGGUAGAGCCGUCAGCCAGUUACUCCAAGGGAGCAGUGGCCGGGGCCUUGGGUGUGGUGACAACACUGUUCUACGUCUUUGACCAGAAAGCCCCGGGGGUGUUGAACCUCAGACGACUUGUCAAAGAUAUAUUUCCUCGGGGAUUUGAUGGGGUUCGACUGCCGGCUGGGGGAUUCACCAAUGGAUUCCUCGCGGCUACUCUUAUCUGUGGCGCAAUCGGUGGCAUGGUGGCACAGCAAGCGGCCAAAUUCACGAAGAUCGAAUCCGGGUUCAUGCGCUACCCACCACACAGGAAAGCUCGGAAGAUCAUCCGGGCAGACCCUCACCUGGCCAAGGGAUUCCUUGACUCCAAAGAAUACCAGCGGUUGCCCCUGGUCCAGAAGGAUCGGCUAUCACCGGGUGUGUACCGGUUUUCGUUCGCUUUGCCGGACACGAAAGGGGUGGUCGGACUCCCGAUUGGGCAGCACGUUGCCAUUCGCGCCAUCAUCGACGGCAACCUUGUCAGCCGAUCAUAUACGCCAGUAUCGAACAACCUGGACCUGGGUCGACUGGAGUUGGUCGUCAAGUGCUAUCCGGACGGCAUACUGACCGGCCAAUACCUUGCCAAUCUGACUGUCGGGGACGAGGUGGAAUUCCGGGGCCCCAAGGGAGCGAUGCGCUACAGCCGAGGACUUUGCACACGGAUCGGGAUGGUGGCCGGGGGAACGGGGAUCACGCCCAUGUACCAACUCAUCCGGGCCAUAUGCGAGGACGAGCGGGAUACGACGGAGAUCAGUCUCAUCUAUGCCAACCGGAGUGAGGGGGAUAUCCUGAUGCGCGAGGAACUGGAGGCCUUUGCCCGCAAGUACCCCAAGAACUUCAAGCUGUGGUAUAUGCUGGACAGUGCCCCCGAGGGGUGGGCGUAUGGGACGGGGUAUGUGAACCAGACCGUGCUCGGGGAGCGAAUGCCCGCCCCGUCGGCCGAAACGAAGAUCCUGCUUUGUGGGCCCCCCGGGAUGGUGAACGCGUGCAAGAAGACGUUGGCUACCAUGGGGUUCCAGGCCCCGGGCACGAUCUCCAAGAUGAGCGACGAGAUCUUUUGUUUCUAAAGAGCUAGUAGAUAGUUAGUAGUUAUUAAUAAUAGUUAACUACCACGAUUAUUGUUUAUUAAUCAAUUUGUGUCCGUCCCUCUGCGACGUCGGUAGCUCCAACCGGAUUGUUUCAUGGUGAGCAUAGUGAGUGAGCAAGGAAGGCCAGUGGCCAGUGCAUCAGUG